UGAGCCCAGACUGCCUUGGCAUCUAUUGGGUUGCCACCCACAGAUUAGGCCCAGCUCUUCCAUGGCACCAUAGGAGAUGCCAUCCACGGACAAAGGGUUAAAGAGGAAAAGAAAAAAAACAAAAGGCACAAUGGAGUCAGACCAAAUGAGUUUCAUUACAUGCGCAGCGUGGGUUCCCAAAGGAAUUGCAAAAAGCAAACCAGAUAAAAUUGGAGUCACUCCAGAGGAACUGGCAAGGAUCAUUCAUGAAACAAGAGGAAACCUAAAAGAAUUGGACGAUGAGGAAAAUGAGGAAGAAUCCAGUGAUGAAGAGAACGAGGAGGAGAUGGAGGGAGAAGAUGAAGACUGUGAUGAAAAGGAGCAGGGAGACGAUAAGGAAAACCAGGAAAUAGAAGAUGAUGAGGAAGAGAUUGAGGAUGAGGAAUUUGAAGAAGAAGAAGUAGAAAAAGAAGCCCCGGAAACAGAACCCAUGGUCGAGGAAGCAACCAUGGCAGAAGUACCCGAAAAGAAGGAAGGAUUGAGUAAAAGCCAGAAGAGGAGGAAGAAAAAGAACAAGAAGAAAGAGCUCAAGAAAAAGCAAGAAGAAGACGAAGAAGAGCAAGAAUUAGACGACAUUCUCAACCUGGACAACUACGACAAAGAAGAAGAUACCAUCUCACAGAAGUUAACAAUGAGCAAUAUCGCUGUCUUCGCUAACAACGACGAUGAUCCCCACCUGACUGUCAAGGAUGCUGAUAAUAAGGACAGCGAUGAUGAGGACGAGGUCAUCAUGUCGAGUGAUAACCUUGUUGCAGUUGGUCAUGUCGAUGGUGAUGCAGCCAUUUUGGAGAUAUAUGUGUACAACGCAGAUGAAACCAGUUUUUACGUCCACCACGACAUCCUCCUUCCAGCGAUCCCCCUAUGUAUGGAGUGGAUGAAUUAUGAUCCUGGAGAUGAAUACCUCAGACCAGGCAACAUGCUGGCCAUAGGAAGCAUGGCACCUGUAGUGGAUGUGUGGGACCUCGACAUAGCAGAUUCCUUGGAGCCAGCCUUCUCUCUUGGUAAGAAAGGAAGCAAGAAAAAGAAGAUUGCAGGUGUCGGACAUAAAGAUGCGGUGCUUUCCCUUGCCUGGAACACACAUGCAGAGCACGUUUUAGCAAGUGGAUCGGUUGACCAGACAGUCAUCCUGUGGGACAUGGAGCAUGGAACAGUUGCCCAGCAUUUAAAAUACUUUAAGGAAAAAGUCCAGUCCAUAAAGUGGCACCCCAAAGAAGCGCACACUCUGCUUGCGGGAGCGUGUGACAACAAAGUGAGAAUGCUUGACUGCAGAAGCAACGACACAUUCCAAGCGUGGAAAGUGGAUGGGGAAGUUGAGUCAGUGCUCUGGGACAAACAGAGUCAAAAUACUCACAAUUUUCUGGUUAGCACAGAUGCAGGCACAGUGUAUGGAUUUGAUGGCAGAAAAGAUAAACCUUUAUGGACUUUGGAUGCACAUCAUAAAUCAUGUACAGCAUUGAGCAUGAGCCCCACCUGUCCUGGAUGCCUGGUGACUGCCUCCAUGGAUGAGACAGUCAAGGUGUGGGACGUGGCCUCGGACAAGCCGGCCCUCAUAGAAGAGCUGAAGAUGAACUUGGGCGUGAUCCAGUGCCUCUCAGCCUGCCCUGACUGGCCCUUUGUUUUCUGUAUGGGCGGGGACAACAAGGAAAACAACUUUAAGGUUUGGGAUAUCAGGAACUCUCUUAAAGUGCGUACACAGUUCUGCCCUCGCAUGGGUAUGCCAACGGAUGAGGAUAUGGAGACAGAAGUAGCAACUAAAGCCCUGAGCAACGUGCACCUUGAAGACGAUGACAGUGUCCAGGUAGUGUCAGGAAAAAUACCCCCUGCUGCUGCUGCUGCUGCUCCUACCAACUUCAAGCCCAAAGUCAAGAAAUUCCACAAAAAGAAGGGUGGCCAUCUUAGUAAAAAGAAAAGAUGGUAAAAUUGUAUAUAUUACUAGCAUGACUAUUAUUCAUGUAUUUAUAAGGUUGGGGGUGGGGGGAGGUAAAUGUGAAUUCCUAGAGAUUUUUUUUAUUUAUUUAUUCUUGCACUUCAUUAUUAAAUAUAAAUAAGAUCUUAAAACUAUCAGUCAUAGAGCUAGAAAUGCUUGUAUUCUUGGUACUUCCUUAAAGACUAAUUAAACCUUAUAUUUUUUGUAGAUGUGUAGAUGCCACAAAAUUAUAUGAUCAUAUGUUUCACACCCAGAACCGCUGUGGCUACAAAAGAAUUUAUUAAAGUACUGGGUGUCUGGGGUGGAAGAUUUAGUUUAUAUUCUUAUAUGUUAUUUAUAAGAGACUUCUGUGAAUAAUAUAGUUAAUGCAAAAUCACUGUAAAUACAUGUGUCUGUUGAAUUUUAUAAAAGUAAUUGUUUUGAAAGCAAGUGAUGUUCUUUUGCUUAUCAUUCUCAAUAAAAUACAAACCGAGUGCUUGAACGUAAAUUCAGAAAUAUUUGUUUUUCUGGAACUGUUAUUUAGACUAUUUUAUUAUUGUCAUUUGAACUUUUCUUUCUAUUUUUUGUUGUUGUUGAUAUUAGGGAUGCAAUGUUUUUUUUCUGAAUAUUUGA